UGAAGUAUGCCUCACAAAAGGAAACCAGUGUGACAUGCGACAGCAGAGAAAACACAGGGGUCUUCAGAGAGGUGUUAUUUCUCCCUUGCCAAGGUGAGAGAAAAUGGCUGCCAGGGUGGAGCAGGAUUCUCUGAACUUAGGCAUUUCCAAUUGCUUUUCUCAGAUGUCUAUGGGGACAGAGUCUGUCCAAGAGGGGUCCAUUUCCGUCUACUUCCAGAUAGGUCUGUUUAAAGAACGGGUCAAAGUGCCUAAAGGUCGGCUAAGUUUCAAAAGCGUCAAGAAAGUAGCAGCAGAAAUAAUCGAGAAGCAGGCCCCUGACUGGAGUAUAAUAGGUCUCGGUGAGAAGCUGCUGCUUUUCCGACAUGAUCCUACGUCUGAGCAGAUCCUCCACAGACUCUCAGAGCAACACUACCUGCACGACGGAGACCUGGUGGAAGUGGUACUUGCUGCUUCUGCAACGCUGACUGAGGUAAAGUUUCGCCCACAUUCUUUGGUGGUUCAGUCUUAUCGCACACCUACCUUUUGCCAUCACUGCGGGGAGAUGCUUUGGGGGCUCGUCCGACAAGGCUUAAAGUGUGAAGGUUGUGGUUUAGAUUUCCAUAAACGCUGUGCCCUGAGGUUACCUAGUGACUGCUCACGUGUGUACCGACCAUGUGGCCAAAGUCUCUCUCUCUUCCCUCCCUUGCGUCCUCGUGCCACUUCCCUCAGCAGCCACACUGGAGGCAGUCUGGAGGAGAUCAGUCUCACCAAGCCUUCUCGCUCUCGGCCCCCGUCGUGGGCAGACAGGCCCGUGUGGUUAGGGGUGUGUGAUGGGGCUAGAGGAGGCAGACCCCGGGUGCCACACACCUUCCACAUCCACACAUACAAAAAGCCCACAAUGUGUCAACACUGCCACCGGCUGCUGAAGGGUCUGUUCCGCCAAGGCCUGCAGUGCUCCGACUGCAAGUUUAACUGUCAUCGCCAAUGUGAGUCUCAGGUUCCUGCAGACUGUAGAGGGGAGCGAGCCAAUGGAGAAGAAAGCAACUCAAACCAGGAGCAUGAAUCUGAGGAGGACAUUUCUGUGGUAACAGUCAACGCUAUUUAUGAAGAGUAUCACUCUAAAGCACGCCCUCACGUGGAGGAGGAGCCUGCAGAGCAACCACCGAUGAGUCCGUGCUUCAGCAGUAAUAUCCCCUUGAUGAGGGUGGUGCAGUCAAUUAAACACAGUAAGAGGAGAUCCAGUGGAAUUCUGAAGAGAGGCUGGCUGGUGCACCAUACCAAUGUAGAUACACUGAGGAAAAGGCACUACUGGGUUCUGGAUUGGAAAAGCAUCACACUCUACCAGAACGAGAACAGCAGCAAGUUCUACAAGGAGCUGCCUCUGUCGGAAGUGCUGCAGGUUCGAGGCUCCUCUCAGCUCACUGUUCCUACGCAGCCGGAUGACGCAGGUCACACGUUUGAGCUGCUGACGAGUUCUGUGGUCUACUGCGUAUUCUCUAACACAGAGGGAGAGGCCUGGGAGUCGGCCAUCAGACUCGCACUCAUGCCUUUACAGAGCGUCGGCCUCAACACCGCAGGACAUGCAGAUGCUCAAGCCACCAGCGAACAAAUCGAGGAUAUUAGUUUGCUGUAUCAGAUUUUCUCUGACGAAGUGCUGGGAUCAGGCCAGUUUGGAGUGGUGUACGGAGGCACUCACAGAAAGACGGGUCGACCGGUGGCCAUUAAAGUCAUCGAUAAAACUCGAUUCCCGGCCAAACAGGAGAGACAGAGCAAAAACGAGGUGGCCAUACUGCAGAGUCUGUCCCAUCCUGGGGUCAUUGUACUUGAUGCCAUGUUCGAGACACUUGAUUGCACAUUUGUCAUCAUGGAGAAGCUCCACAGCGACAUGCUGGAGAUGAUUCUGUCCAACGAGAACGGACGACUUCCUGAACGUAUCACACGCUUCAUUGUUAUGCAGAUUUUAGAGGCUCUGCGAUACCUGCACUUAAGACACAUCGCUCACUGUGACCUUAAACCUGAGAACGUGCUGCUCUCCUCACCGGAUCCUUUUCCUCAGGUGAAACUGUGUGACUUCGGUUUUGCACGGAUCAUUGGUGAGAGGUCUUUCCGGCGCACGGUGGUGGGCACGCCGGCGUACUUGGCCCCCGAGGUGAUCAGCAGCCACGGAUACAACCGCUCUCUGGACAUGUGGGCUGUCGGGGUGAUCCUGUACGUCAGCCUGAGCGGCACGUUUCCCUUCAACGAGGACGAGGACAUUCACCAGCAGAUCACUAACGCUGCCUUCAUGUACCCGCGCCACCUGUGGGCCCUCAUUUCUCUAGAGGCGGUGAAUCUGAUUAAUAACCUGCUGCAGGUGGUGGUGCGGCGCAGGUUCAGUGUGGGGAAAGCUAUUGGACAUCCUUGGCUCCAGAACUUCCAGCUGUGGUGUGACCUGCGUCAGUUUGAGCAGCGUCUGGGUCACCGGUACCUCACUCACGAGUCAGAUGAUGAACGCUGGAGACAUCACGCUCAGGAGAAAGGCCUCAGUCUCCCUUCUCAUCAUCAGACAGAACAGGGACUCUAACACACACUCACACAAUGGACACCUCGGUGUAAUCCGGAGACAUGUGACUGUGUGGACCGUACAGAAUCCAGUGCCCUAAUCUGAUGUAUUUUAUACACAUUGACUAUUUUUAAUAAAAUGAUACAAAACUC